GCGAACUUCCCAGGAGAAGGGGCUCUUUCGGCGCCAGAGCUGGCGAGAGAGCCGAGGCAGCCGAGAGCUCCGACUCCAGGCGGCGGCCGGCUUCGCUCACAGCGCUCGGAAAGUUGGGUCGGACCUGAACCCCUAAAAGCUGAACGGCCUCCCGCCCUCACUCCAGCCACCAGCCAGGAGCUGAGUCGCCCGCGGCGGUAGCAACAGACGGACCCGGGAGUUUCCUCUCGCGCUGGAUGGAGCUGAACUUUGGGCGGCCAGAGCAGUGCGGCUGUCCGGGGAUCGCUGCAUGCUGAGCUCCCUCAGCGAGACCCAGCAGCGGCCAGGGCUUUUGGGGUGGGGGGGCGGGGAACAGCUGCGCGCCGGCACCAUGUUUCUGGCGACUCUGUACUUCGCGCUGCCGCUUCUGGACGUGCUCCUGUCUGCGGAGGUGAGCGGAGGGGACCGCCUGGACUGUGUGAAAGCCAGCGAUCAGUGCCUGAAGGAGCAGAGCUGCAGCACCAAGUACCGCACGCUGAGGCAGUGCGUGGCGGGCAAGGAGACCAACUUCAGCCUGACAUCCGGCCUGGAGGCCAAGGACGAGUGCCGCAGCGCCAUGGAGGCCCUCAAACAGAAGUCGCUCUACAACUGCCGCUGCAAGCGGGGCAUGAAGAAGGAGAAGAACUGUCUGCGUAUCUAUUGGAGCAUGUACCAGAGCCUGCAGGGAAAUGAUCUGCUGGAAGAUUCCCCAUAUGAGCCAGUUAAUAGCAGAUUGUCUGAUAUAUUCCGGGUGGUCCCCUUCAUACCAGAUGUUUUCCAGCAAGUUGAGCACAUUCCCAAAGGGAACAACUGCCUGGAUGCCGCGAAGGCCUGUAACCUUGAUGACACCUGCAAGAAGUACAGGUCGGCGUACAUCACCCCGUGUACCACCAGCAUGUCCAACGAAGUCUGCAACCGACGCAAGUGCCACAAGGCCCUGCGGCAGUUCUUCGACAAGGUCCCGGCCAAACACAGCUACGGCAUGCUCUUCUGCUCCUGCCGGGACAUCGCCUGCACCGAGCGGCGACGGCAGACCAUCGUGCCUGUGUGCUCCUACGAGGAGAGGGAGAAGCCCAACUGUUUGAAUCUGCAGGACUCCUGCAAGACAAAUUACAUCUGCAGAUCUCGCCUUGCUGACUUUUUUACCAACUGCCAGCCAGAGUCCAGGUCUGUCAGCAGCUGUCUAAAGGAAAACUACGCGGACUGCCUCCUGGCCUACUCAGGGCUAAUUGGUACAGUCAUGACCCCCAACUACAUAGAUUCCAGUAGCCUCAGUGUGGCCCCGUGGUGCGACUGCAGCAACAGUGGGAACGACCUGGAAGAGUGCUUGAAGUUUUUGAAUUUCUUUAAGGACAAUACGUGUCUCAAAAAUGCAAUUCAGGCUUUUGGCAAUGGCUCCGAUGUGACGGUGUGGCAGCCAGCCCUCCCAGUUCAGACCACCACUGCCACCACCACCGCCGCCUUCCGGGUCAAGAACAAACCCCUGGGGCCAGCAGGCUCCGAGAAUGAGAUCCCCACUCAUGUUUUACCACCUUGUGCAAAUUUACAGGCACAGAAGCUGAAAUCCAAUGUGUCCGGCAGUACACAUCUCUGCCUUUCUGAUCGUGAUUACGAAAAGGAUGGUCUUGCUGGUGCUUCCAGCCACAUAACCACAAAAUCAAUGGCUGCUCCUGCAAGCUGCGGUCUGAGCCCACUGCUGCUGCUGGUGGUAACCGCCCUGUCCACUCGACUGUCUUUAUCUUUGGCAGACACAUUGUAGCUGCAUUUGAAAAACAAUAUGGACAUAUUGUAAGAAAACAAAAACCAAGUUAUCUGUUUCCUGUCCUCUUGUAUAUCUGAAAUUCCGGUUUUAGGCGCUCAGUUAAGACAUUGCUAAGACAGUUUCAUGCAAAUGGAACUUUUUCCUUUUUUUUUUUUUUUUUUUUUAAAGAAAGCUUCUUGCGAUCCAUAGGGCAUCUAUGGCAUACCCAGUGCAGUACUACAUUCCAAACUCCAAAGGCUUUGGGAUAUGUUGUAUUGUAAAGGGACCGUUUGUAAAUUUGGCUGUAAAACAAACUGGGCCAUGUUUUUUCGUGAUGAUGAUGAUGAUUUUUUUUAACAAUUUAACUCUGGCCUUUCCUAGCAAGCUAAGGAGUUAGUAUUGCUCAAGUAUCUUCCAUUAUUUCAUGUAAUAGCUUUGAUUUCUGAUGACAUAACUGCAGCCUAACAAGCUUUCUUGUCCCAUAUCAAAGAUUCUCAAGGGAAUCCUGAUGGACUUCGUGCAAACAAGCUUGUACCAACCAGUGUUCACCUUUCUACGUGUUCUAGCCUUUUCCACGCUAAUGUUUUGUGUUCUGUGAACAGUUCUGCACUCUCCUACAAAACCAAAAGCACCUGUCACAUCCAACUCUAGUGUCUGUCUUCUAGUCAAAACAGAGUGUGAAUGGGUGUGAAACUUCACAGAACCUUGAUCAUUGGACGACACUCUCCUAAGCCUUACCCAAUUGAGAAGCCCUUAAACUAACAAGAGUCAAAUAUAGCUGAAGCGUCACUCUAAUACUCUUUCCAUGUAUGAGGUUAUAUGUAGAAAAAAAAAUUUUACUACUCAAUGAUUUCCACUAUUGGCUUUCUAUAUUUUGAAAGUAAUGAUAUUUUCUCCAUUUUUUUUACUGAUGAUUUCCUACAAAAUACAUGGAGCUUGUUUUCCUCUCUUAAGUAGUGUUAGCUCUGAGAUUAACCUCACGGAUACAGCUCUUCAGAAGCAGACUCUGCAGAGCCUCAUGCUUGAGGGGAAAGCUCUGCGUCACGUUCCUGUGGACGGGCAGGAGGAAACAGAGCAGCCAAGCAUUGUCCUUUAUCAUUUCUUGAAACGCAAGCGUGCAUACCUGUGAGGAAACCGGCGACCACUUGUAAAUGUUUUGCGGUGUCUAAUGGCACCCUCACCUGUUGACACAAUCCAGUACCUUGGUUUUCACGUUACCUGACAAAGGAGACUUUGACUGGGACAGGGGACGAGGGCAUGCUGUCCUCUUCUGAAGCAGAUCUGUGCAGGAUACACAGUUCUCUUCUGAGGGAUUUUCUUUACUCCCGACUGCGAUGGCUUGGCCUCUGUGUAGAGCAGUUUGGCCUGAAGGUCACCAGGAAUCUGCUUGCGUCUUGUUUUGUGUCCUCCAUGAUACACCAUCACUGACUAUGCGAAAAAAGAAAGGUUUGUGGCUCAAGAAGGCCAGUGUUAGGUCUGUGGAGAUGAGUUGGUUGGCAUGGAUACACAGCAUAGAACAGGACUCUGGAUGUAAGGCAUCUGGCUUGUUAACUGCAUCAGCUUCCAUCGUUCUCUUCCUUAAACAAAUCGCCCCUAAAAGUACACUUUUGAAGUCUGGUUGAAAAGGUGAGAUUCAGAAGCUAGAGUCACCGAGUGCUGGUAGCCAUGUUUGUCCAAAACUGAGUAGGGAAGAGUUCCUUAAUUGAGUGCUGGAGGGGUCGCGGGGGGCGGGGGGGCACUAGCUUUCUUACAUCAGUAGCGGGGCUGGCGGAGGAAACCCAUGGUGCACAUGUCAUACUGAUCCCCUUUGCCCUCUGACGUUUGCCUCGUAAGAAUUAGUCAAAUUGCUGGGAUGGAAAUCUAUUAAAUCCAAGAUGAAGGCGUAGUCUGAGCUGUGUUGGUAUUUGAAGUACGUUUAUAUCCAAAUGUAAUACACACAGAUGUAUAAUAACUAAGUACCAACUUUUUUCACUUCAGAAUGAUUUCAAGGGAAACGCAUCAAACAAAUUUGAUUAGUGAAGGUUUCAUAAAGACUCACUUUGAAUAAACCCAUUAAAUGUGUCAAAAUAUUUGGAAUUCCAGUCAUCUAUGAAAGCAUAUCUCUUACAGGGCAUACUUUAUUUUAAUUAAGAUAUCGCUGUGUAUCUACACUGGACUAAUUGCAUAUGGGUCUGACUCUAUGAGAUCUACUGUAGAAAGCUAUUGAUUACUUCUGCAGUAAACAGCAGCUCUAAUUAGCUUCAGAUGACCAAGAGGAAAUGGGAGUUAUCAGCGCUAACAAGGGUAGCCUUCAGUGAAGAAAGCGUGGAUGUACAACACAUAAAUUAAAUUUUGAAAAGCCUCAUCUAUCACCAACAAAGAUCUCAUUUUUCUUCAGAGAUAGAAGCCUAUUAGAGUUACCAAAUCCUCAAUUCGAAAACAAAUUGCUGAUUAAAUAACCAGGGGGAAGGAUGUUCGGUGACAACACAUUAGAGAGAUGCUUAUAACAUCAUGUCAGGCAAGUGUUUUCUGCCAUUCAGUACGAUCUCAAUUUAAGACAGUGGCCUGAAACACCAUCAUUUGCCCCAGGACAAAAGCAGACAAGUGACUUAAAUCUCUUACCUGUCUGACUUUUCUUUGGCAGUGCUAAAAGCAAAAAGGAUUCACUAUGUCUUGUCUUUCAUGCCCUGCUUUUAGGGUACCACCAAAUACAGGGGCUAUCUGCUGAGGCUUGGGCCUCUUGCAGAAUGCAUCUUAUUGUAGUUGACUUUGACCAAACAAAAACAGUAACUUCUGUUCCUGUAGACCAUGACGCCCAGAUCAGGUCUAGCCAUGCCCUACUUAUUCCAGAGAAAAAAAGAAAGGCAAGAUUGACAACCAGAUUAGAAGCACAUUCCUUCCACUUCGAUGUUGAAUAUCUUUGACCAGUCUAUGUUUGUGUAUCUUUUUAAUAGAGCACAUGAAGGAAGAAGGGCACAAUAAAGAGAGGGAAUUCAGAAUGCCACCUGAAUAUUUAUUUUUCCAUGUCUGAUUUUUUUCAAGCCUCUAGUAGAAAAUGUGUAAGUUGAGAAUGACAUAGGUUAUUUUUCAUUAAGUAUAGCAAACUGUAUCCAAAGUGCGAUCGGAGUGUGGUUUCCAUUAAAAUAAAUUUGUUUUAAACAAUUGUUGAUCCUGUAGUGAAAAAUGUCUUAGAAGCUGUAUGUUUGAGUUCAUCAAAUAACAGAACACGGCUCCUCCAGAGCUGCUGCGGCCUUUGAUACGGUCUGUUUUAAGACGGUUGUUGUCAUGCGUACUCUCUGAGGCUGGGUCUUCUCCAGCUGCCUCCCAUUUCCCACCUGCCUCUCUGUACUUUAAAUCAGACACUCCCAAACACUCCAUCUGCUGAACCACAAAAGUGGGAGAGCAGAAGCGUUUCCCAGUGAGUGUAAAGUGCUCAGGAAAAAGAGCUGUAAGAGCCAUGGGAGUUAAAAUAAUUAGCAAAUUCUUCUCUUAGAAUCCAGCAUGAAUGUAUUACUGUUGUUAUUAUUUACAAGAUAGUGGCCUCAGAGGAGCUGUCUUUUGGAAAAUAAGUUUUCAUUCAUGUAGUCAGACACGUUUAGUUUAUUUGAGUCAAUAAACCGUGGACCAGAAAAGGACUGCUUAACUGAAUUCACAUUUUCUAAUUCUCUUUCAACACUGUUCUUGAUCUCCUGGAUUCAUACCCCAGUGGUCUUUGUUGCUUUUGCUCUAGAUAAAGCAAGUGAGUCCCAUCUUUUCAAGAAAGACCAAAAAGCAGGGGCAACAGACAAGAGUAAAUCACGAAUGGCUCAGGCAUGGUCACAGCAGAAGGGCUGUGUGCACUGACCUCGGGGCGUUUGGAGAGAGAAGCGAAACCAAGGUGCAAAAAGACACCACCUGCCUUGGGUGAAUGGAUCAUGCAGUCUGCCGACGUUCCUUACUGAUCUGAAUAGGGACCGUGUCCUGACAAAACAGCCAGAGUUCCUUGAAUUAGACAGCAGUGCCUCUGCAGGAAGCAAGCCGGAGCUAAUAUCUGGGUGGCAGAGGAGGGAAUUUCUUUGUAGAAAUUCUGAAAUAGUGAAACAGCUGGGAAUUUGGUUGGGUACCCGAAGGAGCUACGCUCUUCUCUUAUUCCGAAGAUAGUCAUCUUAUGUAUAGAUCUGACACCUCUCGACUUUGACUCGGCUUUUAGUCUCAAGUGACCAUUCGUUCUAAGUCUAUUGUCCAAAAUUCUUCAUGAGGAUGACACCUCUGAAAUGCAUUCUCUCUGCAGAGGCCUGAAAUCGGUGGGUUUUGCCACUGCCUCCAUCCCAGGAUGUACUUAGUGGGACAUUUCAUUUCACAAGGAUAGUCAUCUUAAGGAAUUGGCUGAUGGAGUUUCGUUCGUAUUGAUGACCGAUGCCCCUGGGCCGUAUUGCCUAAGUAUUUAACAGGGGCCCUUCCCAUCAGUUCUUCAUCCUAAUCACCCUAAAUUUAGUCCUACCCAAAUGAAUUUUUGUUCCAUCAGAUGCUUAUUUUACACAUAAGCCUGGCUUUUUGAAGAGGGAGAAGCCUCUCUCAGGAGCCAGGUGAUCUGAAGACGAUGCUAAUCCCCGAGGAGGAAGUUCGACCAUCCAACCGUCCCCUGAGCUCCCUCUUCUUAGCUUAGUCUCGUCUGCGGCAUCCUCUCCAGGCGUCCCUUUGUUGCUUCCCGGGCUCUCUGGUGAGCUCCUCCUCCUUCCUGGACACAGCAGGGACUGUUCAGUGGGAUGUGCCACCUGCACUUCUGAUUGUUCUGAGAAUCCCCUCAGCCCAGAGGGGUGAGGAAGCCCCACAAACCCUGUUUCAAUAAACUGCCUGCAGAGAACUGCAGCCUGCUACCAGUCAUUGAGGUCUCAGCCCCCUGAGGUCUCCAGGCUCAUUUGACCAGUGCAGCUGCGACUUCGGCUGUCUGCCUCUGGCAGGUGCCAAUAUCAGCAUCUUGUCCCACUGCCACGGGGAGUUUAUUUUUGCUCAAGGGCAGCUGCCAAGUCCAGCACCAGUAUCAAUAGAAGGUUUUCUCUGUUUUUCUUCUCUUCAUCCCAGGCUGGUCUUUCUUACCAAUCCCCAUUUUUAUUUUGUAGAAAGUGCCAAGUGACUGGCCAGAGACCAUUAGCCCCUGUCUUCGUUUUAACAUCUCUUCCCAUUCACCCAGCCUGAUCCAUGGCAGGUACUUACACAAUGCUGGGUGGAUGAAAAACUGGAACAUUGAAGGCCUUCAUUCUAUAAGAUAGCAGAGGACUGGUGGUCCAUUUGCAUAGUCUUGCUGACACCCAGCUGUUACAUAUGACACUGAAGGUGUCCUCCUGAGGUUAUUGAGGGUGACCUGGGAGGAGGGGGUGCAAGAAAGCAUGAGAUUCAAAGCAGCUUUAAAUCUGCCCACUGUGUUUCCUGAGAGAUGAAAAACUAGCAAAUGAAAAACUAGGAGCUGGGCAUGACCAGACCGUCCCAAAAAGAAUGGGCUGGACUAAUUACAUGGGAAGUUAGCCAGCGAGUCUGCUGGCAUUUUAAUUUGCCUCAAGUGCAGGAUGCUAGCAAGAAAGAUGGACCACAGCACCAGUCCCAGACCAACCCCAGGGAUGGCAUCUGAGAUGCAAACACAGGUGCUUAUCAUUUGGGCACAUUCACUGAACAUCCACUCUCGCUGAAUGAACCAUCAUUUGGAGCUAAAGCUCCCCCGAGAGUAACUUGAGAGUGUAGGCCCUCUGACAGCAGCUUAGGGGAACACCCAUCUUUUCCAGAUUGGCAGAAUCCUUGACUUUGCUAUCCUUUGGAGAGUCUACAUUCUCAUUAUAAAUAGUCCCCGAUGUUGUUUUUCAGGCUUAGUCUCUAAGAAGUAAGUCCCAGUCCAUAUGCCUACAGCAACCCACCCAGAUGCACCAUAUGGAGAAGGCACACACACUCACCCUCGUUCUGAGCCUAAAAGGCUGCCACAGAGAACCAAGUGGGGUUGCCUUCUGAGCCUCAGAGGGCCGUGAGCGUGGCCAGGUGGGCAUGCCAGUGAACUAUCCCAACUGUCAGGUACCAAUUGGGUGCGAACAGGAGACCCCAGAACUGCUUUAACCAAGCAAAGCAAGCAGUCAGCAGUGCUGAUUCAAAACAGCACAACUUUCAAUGUGCGGUGACCCCUGACGCCUGUCAAACAUGAUGUAGGUCAUAAGACGAAAGUAGGAUGGAGAAUUGGAACAACCAGUGAAUGUCCUAGGUGUAGGAAACGCAGGGCUGUUACAAGUGGGUAAAGAUCUGUCAUCCAUCACAGGCUAAGCCGGGGUGUCUGUCUCAGGUACAGCUGAAGAUGCUCUGGACCUUCCGGACAUUGCUGCACUUGAGGCUCCACGGAUAAAGCUCCCUGUCUCUCCGUGUCACAAAUGCUUCUGAGCGUGAUCCGGCAUUAUCUUCCAGACGUGCAAAGCGUGCUUGAUGGAGAUUUCAGUUUUUGAUAUUUUAGCUUUAGCUCAGGGCAUAUCUGAAAUGUGGGGGGAAAACAGAAUGGCAAACGUAGAGCCAAAUCGCAGAUUGCCCUGCAUUAUUUGGCUGUGGUCUAACAGGAAUCAGUUAUUUCUGACAUGCUUUUUCUGGAUUCAGAAAUCGCUGACCUCAGAGAGUUGAAGGAAUGGUUUCAGAAACUUGAAAUCCAGGGCCUUAGAGUUCUCCUAAUUAUCUGCCUUUUCUUUUCUUCUCUCUUUGUCCCCCAAGGGAGGGAGGAGGGAAACACUUCUCACCAUAGUUUGCUUUAAAGAGUUUUCUCAUCUCCUGUGCAUUAUCCCUUGAUAUUGAAAUUAUUUUCUCUUGUUUAAUCCAACUCCUGCUGAGAAGCUGUGUGAGAUUUAGGAUGUGGGGUUUUUUGUUGUAGUCUUUUUGGAUGGCGCUGCAUUUUUUACUCUUAACCCAAGGGUAUCUCUUAGCUCAUGUUCAUUCUGUUUUCUGCAGGUUAACAAUACAGGUGGAAUAAAAUAAGGAUUUUGUUUUUUAGCAUAGUUUUAGAAUUCUGCCCUGGGAGAGGGGUUCAGACAACAAAGCCUCAUCAGAGCUGGGGUGAGGGGUAGAGUGGGCAUCAUUGAAACCUCCUGUUAGGAGAGGGUACAGAUGAACGACUUCCCUUCUGGGUUCCAUUUCAUAUUGCGUUUCCUGAGUUUUCUUUGCACUUGUAGAAGCGAAUACAUUUAUCUCGUCCUCUUGUGUAUCUGCUUUCCUGCGGAACCUGGGCAUUCUCCCGGGGUCAUUCCCACACAGUUUCCUCACACAGCUGUUCGCAGUGUGCUUUUUUGGCCAGCACCCAGGGAGGAUAAUCCACAUGUAGAAGUGCAGAUUUUGCUCUUUGGACUUUGGAAGUGGUUUUGUGACGUUUGAAUUUUCUGUUUGCAUUUGCUCGAGCACUACAGAAUGUACGUACGUAGUUCCCUCAGCCAUCCUCCACCCAGAAUAUCCU